CUCUCUCUCUCUCUGUGUUCAUGGCUCCUUUCUAUUCUGCUCUCGGAUCUUCCUCUCUCUUUCGCUCUCUCUCCUUCUCCUCGCACGCUCUCUCCCUCUCUCUCUCUCGCUCCACCCCAUCUCCUCCUCUAUAAUAUUUCUCAUCCUAAUAUUUAUAUAGGCGUAUAUAUGGUAUUGUGAAUUUUUAAGUUAUUUUGCCAGCACUCGCUCGUAGGGGCUUCCCUUUCUCUUUCCUCCGCCCCUUCCCCCCUCUCCCUCUCUUUCCAGUUGUCCAUGCUUCCAUCUUUUUCACCCCCUUCUUGUACUGAUUUCCUUUUCCAAUUUCUGAUUCCUCCAAUUCCCAUCCCCUUCUCUCUCUCGCUCUCUCUCUACCCCCACUGAGAGCAAGGGAGAGAGGAAGAGGGAAUCAGUUCUAGAUUAGUAGUGGAAGUAGGAAGUAGUAGUGGGAGCAGCACAGCAGCAGUGCGGUAACUGCUCAAAAGGCGUUCGGAGGAGUGGGAGAGGAAAAAUUCCGGAGCCAUGCAGCAGCAGCAAGGAGGGUCCCAAUAUGGGGUGCCUCCUCCUCCGCCGGAUAUGACCCCAUUCUCCUCCCCCCGAGCUCACAUGCUCGGAAUUUCCAACCCCGACCCCCUCCAGCAACAGGCCCCGCCGCCGCAGACUCAGCUCGCCGAGGCUGCCUCCCCCAUCAGCAGCCGGCCCCCGCCGCCAGGCACAGGCCCCCGCCCACCCUCCUCCAAUUUCGAGGAAUUGGUCCCCGCCGUGCCCGGGAAUUUCCCCGAUGACGAGGCUCUCGUGGCCGCCGGCGAGGAGGUCGAGCGCGGAGGCGCGACCGGCAACCGGUGGCCCCGCCAGGAGACGCUCGCCCUCCUCAAGAUCCGCUCCGAGAUGGACGCCGCCUUCCGGGACGCCACCCUCAAGGGCCCCCUCUGGGAGGACGUCUCCAGGAGGCUAGCGGAGCUGGGCUACAGGAGGAGCGCAAAGAAAUGCAAAGAGAAGUUCGAGAACGUCCACAAAUACUACAAGCGCACCAAGGAAGGCCGGGCCGGCCGCCAGGACGGCAAGAGCUACCGCUUUUUUAGCCAGCUCGAAGCCCUCCACAGCAGCAGCAGCUCCUCCGCCGCCGCCGCUGCACCGGGCCUAACCACCGCCACAGCUGCCGCCCCGACAACCCCAAUUGGGAUCAGCACCGGGAUCGCGGGCCCCUCCUCCGCUAGAAUCCAACCCCCUCCCGUCUCCGCCGUGGCCCCACCUCCCAUCGCGAUGCCAACACGGGUCGGCGCCGAGCUGACCCCCGCCACCGGUGUCGCACCGCCCGGGAUCUCGGGCUCCGCCGCCGCCACCGCCGCCACCGCCGCCGCCGGGAUCAGCUUCUCGUCCAACACCUCCUCCUCCUCGUCCUCCGAGUCCGACGACGAGGAGACCGUGGAGGCUGGCGGGAGCCGGGAGGGACGGAAGCGGAAGCGCAGUGGAUCUGGGGGCAGUCGGAAGAUGAUGGCGUUCUUCGAGGGGCUGAUGAAGCAGGUGAUGGAGCGGCAGGAGUCCAUGCAGCAGCGUUUCUUGGAGACCGUCGAGAAGAGGGAGCAGGAUCGGAUGAUACGAGAGGAGGCGUGGAGACGGCAGGAGAUGGCGCGGCUCAACCACGAGCACGAGCUCCUCGCCCAGGAGCGUGCCAUGGCCGCGUCCCGUGACGCCGCCAUCAUUUCCUGCAUCCAGAAGAUUAGCGGCCAGACGAUCCCGCUGCCAACCGUGCCAGCUACCGCCGUCCAUGCAUCCUCCGUAGCGCCGCCACCGGCACCACCUCAGCAACAAAGCCAACAGCCGCAGCCGCAGCAUCAGCAGCAGCAGAGGCCACCCGCACCGAUGCAGCCAUCGCAGCAGCAGCAAGAGCUCCACCAACACCACCAAAGCACGGAGAUUGGACGGCAUCAGGUGUCAUCUUCUUCAGAGCUGGUGCCGGUCCCAGAGCAGCCGGAGCCGGUCGGGACAGUGAACUUUGAGCCUGUGUCGCCCUCGCGGUGGCCCAAGGCGGAGGUCCACGCGUUGAUUAAGCUGCGGAGCGGGCUCGACUCAAGGUAUCAGGAGGCUGGGCCCAAGGGCCCGCUGUGGGAGGAGAUCUCGGCCGGAAUGCAGCGGCUUGGAUACAACCGCAGCGCCAAGAGGUGCAAGGAGAAGUGGGAGAACAUCAACAAGUAUUUCAAGAAAGUGAAGGAGAGCAACAGGAAGCGGCCUGAGGAUUCCAAGACCUGCCCAUACUUCCACCAAUUGGAUGCCCUCUACCGCAAGAAGCACCUCGGUAGCGGUGGCAGCGGCAGCAACAGUGGUGGCGGGAUUCAGCGGCACCAAGAGCAACAAACCGAUCCCGAUCCCAACCCUCAAGAACGGAGUGAACUUCCCAUAACCAUGGCACCGCCACAGGCGCCGCCACCCCCACCACCACCACAACAGCCAUCAGCAGAGACCGAAACCAAGAAUGGCAGCAACAACAAUAACAACGGCGGCGGCGGCGGCGGCGGCAGAAACGGCGCCAAUUCUGAGGGCGGCGGAGGGUCGGGCUCUGUGCAGAUGCAGACCAGCAAUGGGGGACUUCCACCAAGCUUCUUUGAAGAAGGCAGCAGUGCCGGCGGCAUGACGAUGAAGAAGAAGACAUUGUGAAGGAGCUGAUGGAUCAACGGCAGCAGCAGCCGACCAUGGAAGAUUAUGACAAGAUGGAGGAACCCGACAGCGAUAACAUCGACCAAGAUGACGAUGAGGAUGACGACGAGGAUGAUGAGGACGGGAAGAUGCAAUACAAGAUACAGUUCCAGAGGCCUAAUGUGGGCGGCGGCGGAGGGACAACGUCGACAGCGGCCCCGACUGCAGGUUCCUUCUUGGCCAUGGUUCAGUAGAUCUACGAUCCCGCCGCCAUUUAUCCCUUCUUCCUCUCACUGUACCAUAUGCUACCACCAACCAUCUACGACCUCAACACCCAAAACUCGUCCUCUCUUUCCUCAUCUCCUCCUCCUCCUCCUCCUCUUCUUGAGUGCAUCAUCAUCUAUCUUCCGUCACUUCUAUCUUCCUCUUCUUCUUCAACUCCAUCUUCUACUUACCGGCACUAUUAGUUGCAUCGUACAUGUCAACAUAAAAGUUUUUCUGGAUGAUGAUGUCCGUUGCGUCAAUCCAUCCUUUGCUAUUUAUUGAUUUGUUGUGGAAUAAGAAUCCUCUUCGGCCAAUGGAAGGGGCGGACAUGGACCAAAGGCGGUAAUAAGCUCGCGCAAACAGCAUCCACACGAGGCCCACAGGGAGGUGCGAAAAAAGAGGCAUGAAGAAUUGGCAUCCGGCUUUCUACAUUGGAAUGGAGGAGCAGAGAAAAUAAGUCCUCAACGUCAUCAGCAACAAGAAGCCUACUUCUCCUCCUUCACAAUUUGUAUAUCCACACUACUGUUUGUCUCUAAAUCUCAGUCUCUAUUUCUCUCUCCUCUGUGUGACUUCCAGUUCAAGUUAAAGUGGACCUAUAACCAAAGAAAAAAUAAUUAAACAAAAAAGAGCUAGGAUAAAAUGAGAUUAAUGCCGGGAGAAUGGCUGGUGUUUGGUGCGGGGAUUUUUAUUUUUAUUUUCUUUCAUUUUAAAUCAAUUAAUUAUGAUGAAGGUCUUUAAUAUGUUGUUUUAUGCACUGCAACAAUGUACAUCUCCUAUUCGUCUUGUCAUUAUUAUUCUGUCUUGAUUUGCUUCUGUACCUCUUCUUACAUUGCCAUUAAACUUGUUAUUACCUCUUUGUUGUUA